CAGCUGCGAUCAUAUCAAAGCGUAGCUCUUUCCCGCUCCCCGUGGACCUCACUCCAUCCUCGCUCUUCUUUACCACCCCAUCCUUCAACACACAACACUAGACACCCUAUCAUAUGCUCUAAAUCAUUUCGAUUCUUCAAAUUUCUCAACCUGGGUCUGCACUCCCGCAUAUCACCAGCCCUCCGCGGCCUCCUCACCAACCUCGAGCAACCCAAGCCUCCCAUCACAACCAUGGCCUGGCGCAGCUCAGGCACAACAAACGCAAGCCUAAUUGCCAAUCUCUCCAAAAAUGGGCUCAUACAAUCCACCCGCAUCCAAGAAGCCAUGCAGCGCGUCGAUCGCGCACACUACGCCCCCAGAAACCCCUACGACGACCACCCUCAACCCAUUGGGCACCGCGCCACAAUCUCCGCACCUCAUAUGCACGCGAACGCCUGCGAGACACUGCUCGAGUAUUUGAAACCAGGCGCGCGCGUCCUUGAUAUCGGAUCCGGGUCGGGAUAUCUGACAGCCGUGUUGGCGAAUCUUGUGGGGCGGGAGGGCAAAGUUGUAGGAGUUGAUCAUAUUGAGCCGCUUGUUGCGCUUGCCGAGGGAAACAUGGCGAAAUCGGAGGAUGGACAAAGGAUGAUGAGGGAAGGGCAGGUGCGAUUCGUCAAGGCGGACGGGAGGAAAGGGUGGUCAGAGGAUGCGCCAUAUGAUGCCAUUCAUGUGGGUGCUGCAGCUGCGGAGCAUCAUCAAGAGUUAGAGGAGCAGUUGAAAGCCCCUGGGCGUAUGUUCGUUCCUGUCGAGGAGGGGAGUGUGCAGCAUAUCUAUGUUGUAGAUAAGGAUGAAAAGGGCGUGGUUGUGAAAAAGAAGUUGUAUGGAGUGCAGUAUGUUCCACUGACAGAUGCACCGUCUGUGUGAGAGGUCAUCAGUAUAGGCAUUUCGCGUUGACGAGAAUCCAGCCAGAUUGCUGCGUAUCCUGUGGUUUUCAGGCAUAAUAUUUGGGUAUAUCGGGGGGAAGCUCAACGAACUCGAGCACUGUAUGCAGUCUCGGCAUGGCAUAAUGAAAUAGAAUGAAUUUGGGCACAAGU